GCACGGCCACUGACGGCGACGUGUGUGUGCACGCAGAAUCUCAAGCUGGGCCGCUGAUUUCGGUUCGCGUCGGAGGAGAAUAACAGCAGCACUGCACACACGCCAAUCGCUCGCUCGAUUGCCUUUCCCCUCCCCUCUUCUUCCCCUUCGCGCUCCUUCGCACCAGCAGCAGCUCAGGCGGACGGCUCAACUCCUCCAAGAUUUCUCCUGGCUGAAAUUGGGCCUUCUGAGCGUCACCAGCCAUGAGCAACAGGAGAUUUGAAAACGGCCAGAGAAAAUGUGGGACACAUUCGGCAACAGGUACAACGAUGUAUCUAGGUACUGCCGAUGUUCAGAAGAUCACCCACUGCCAGGUUAUUCACCCAACAACGAUAGAUCACGAUGUCGGUGGUUCCUGCGCCGUGAAGCAUCACUACCCAUCUCCUAUUGUUUCUUGGAUAGAGGACCUUUCAAGCUUUGGCAGCGCUCCUUUUAGUCAUGAAACUGAGUAUGUGGAUGAGCAGUCAAGACCGUUAGUCGGGCAGUCUUCUGCAUCUAGCAAUUUGCGUGACAUGCAAAUAUCAGUGAGAUUGACAGAUGAAUUCAUGGAACUCGCGAAGGAGAACACUAGCAAUAAUCUGGAGACCUGCGGAAUUCUCGGUGCUUCAUUUAGGGAUGGAGCUUACUAUGUGACAACGCUGGUCAUUCCGAAGCAAGAAGCAACUGCUCACUCAUGCCAAGCUUCUAAUGAGGAGGAGAUACAUGCUAUACUAUCAGAGCAAUCACUUUACCCUGCAGGGUGGAUACAUACUCACCCUUCACAAACGUGCUUUCUCUCAUCGAUCGAUUUGCACACUCAGUACUCUUACCAGGUUAUGUUACCAGAAGCCGUUGCAAUUGUUGCUGCUCCGACAGAUCCUACUAGGAGCUAUGGAAUAUUCAGGUUGACAGACCCAGGAGGAAUGGAUGUCCUCAGGGAGUGCAGUGAAAGUGGGUUCCAUACUCACCGAGAGACAACAGACGGGGGUCCGAUAUACGAAACCUGCUCCAGGGUGCACUUCAAUCCUAAUUUGCGUUUUGAGAUAGUCGAUCUGCGUUCUGGUGCAUGAGCAAUGUAAUGGGGUGUACCUGCUUGUGACUCGUGUGUACUCAUGCUUUCGAGCAUACUAUGUAAAUAUGACACAUAUACAAUAGAUGAUAGUUGUUACAGGUUACUGUUUAUCAGUUUGAUGCCUAGUUGCAAAGUGUGCGUUACACUGACUUGUAGUGUCAACUGAACUUUUAGAAUACUACUGUACUAGUACAACUUUAUUUUUACAAACUGAACCAUAUGUAUGUUAGAAUACUACUGCGCUUUC